UGCUCAGAGUUUUUAUAUCUUUGUAUUAAAAACUUAGUCUUGAGUGAUUAUUUUUUUUUUAAAUACUAUAAGCAAUUAUAAUAAAAAUUAUUUAUUCACGUGGAUAAUACUGUUCAAAUAAUUUAGUCUAAUAAUGGAGGAUAAGUCUAAAAAACAAUCAAAAGAAUUUUAUCUUCUGGAAAUGUUGGAUGAGCUUGAAAAAAAAAAAUUAUUCACUUGGACUAUUUUUUUGCUCUGUGCUAUAGCUUCUCUAAUAAAUGGAAUGAAUUCAGUGUCUUAUGUUUUUAUGGCUGAGAUUCCUAAAUUUUGGUGUGCUAUACCUGAAUUUGUAAAUGAUAACUGGACAACCGAUCAAAUAAGAAAUAUUUCUUCGGCCGACGAUUGCCAUAUUUUUGAUUUCAAUUACACCUAUCUUGCAAGCCUAGGAUACAGUAGAGCCCAAGAAUAUGUGGAGGAGUAUGAAUUUAUGCCGAAGAAAGUCUCAUGUUCAUCAUUUAUAUUCAACGAGAAUGGACAUUCAACAAUUGUUAAUGAGUGGGAGUUAGUCUGUAGUAAUAAAGUACUUCGAUCAAACACAUUUUUAGUGUUUGUGCUAGGAAGAAUUACUGGCUAUGGAAUUCUAGGAAUAUAUUCAGAUAAAUAUGGACGGAGAAGCGCAUUAAUUAUUAGUAUAAUACUACUAAGUAUUGCUACACCGGCAAGCGGAGCAGUGCCAUGGUUUUGGGGGUAUAUUCUUCUCAAAUUCCUUACUGGAGUCAGUGUGAGUGCGACGUACUCAUCAGCAUACACUUUAAUGACAGAAGCUGUUACAAAACGUAAAAGAAAGGUAUUUGUAGCUCUGAUUGAAUGCAUGCAUGCAAUUGGAACUUUUUUUCUGGUUAGUUUAGCUUAUUUUAUACCCGAUUGGCGGAUCUUACAAUUAACACUAUCAAGUUUUGUUCUUCCGAUAAUCAUUCUUAUUUGGCUUGUACCCGACUCUCCUCGGUGGCUUAUCUCACAAAGACGGUAUGAUGAAGCCCAAAAAAUAAUUCAAAAGUACUGUGGUUCAACUCUCACGACACCAAUUUGUAUGACAGAAAAUGCAACAGUUGGAUCGCCACCAGAAGUUUUCGUAACCGUGAAAGACAAUGCAAGUUUCUUCAGCCGCAAUAUUGAAAGUUUGAAAAUUCUGUUUUUAGAUUCAACUAUAAAAAAAAAUAUUUUGAUCAUGUAUUUCCUCUGUUAUGCAACAUCAACAAUAAUUUAUACCCUUGUCUUCAAUAUUGAUAAUUUCAAAACAGACCGGUACAUUUACAUGAUACUCAUAAGCGUCAUCGAAUUAAUGUCAUAUGCAGCGGUUACUGUCAUCCAGAUGUUCUUAAGUUGUCGGAAAAUAAAUGUUAUAGUUUACACAAAUGUAUUCCUUCUAAUGAUGGCAAUUUUAGUGGUUCCUGAAGAUGAUAAGAAAAUAAUUGUAGGACUAGCAUUAUUCGGUAAAUUUUUUUCACUAGCAAGUUACAUGAAUCUUAUGUUACUGGUUGCCGAAUUAUUUCCUAGUAAUGUAAAGAAUUCAGGAUUUGGUACUUGUUUAAUAGCAUCGCAGUUAGGUUCUAUGAGUGCUACGUACAUAGUUGAUUACCUUGGAAAUAAUGCCUGGUGGGCACCUACAACACUUAGUGGUAUCUUGGCGUUAAUUGCUAAUUUCCUUUGUUUUCUGUUACCUGAAAAAAAUUAAUGUUAUUGUGAUAAAGUGCGUUAUUGUUAUUAACAACCGAUCUUUUUUUUUUUAAUAAAUUAAAUAACUCGCGCAAAAUAUUACCUCUACUUCACUCAACCACGGAUUCCAAUUUGUACAUGUGUAACAGAGUACAA